UUUCACUCUCGACGCACCUUCUGGAAACCAUCUUCUUUUUGAUCCCAGGCGCAUCACAGAGGUUAUCCUCUUCCGCCGCCGGCCGCACAUCGGUGUCGGAUAAGCUAUAGUCCGGUGAAUUUGCGAUUGGGAAUAAGAGCUCCGAAGAGAUUGAAUUGAAGUUGCGUCGGAGAUAGAGUUGCAUGAUAAUCAGAGAUGCCUCCGAAGCAGCAGCCAUCGAAAGCCGAAUUGGCGAAGAAGCAGAAGGUAGUCGAAGACAAGACCUUCGGUCUGAAGAACAAAAACAAGUCCAAAAACGUUCAGAAAUACGUGCAAUCCCUUAAACAGAACGUCCAGCCUAAACCUGACCCCAAAAAACUCGAUGCCAAGAAAAAGAAAGAAGAAGAAAAGGCUAAAGAGAAGGAGCUCAAUGACUUGUUUAAGGUUGCUGUUAGUCAGCCCAAGGUUCCAGUUGGUGUGGAUCCAAAAUCAAUAUUAUGUGAGUUCUUCAAGGUGGGGCAAUGUGCAAAGGGUUUUAAGUGUAAAUUCUCACACGAUUUGAACGUCCAGAGAAAAGGAGAGAAGAUUGACAUUUAUAGUGAUAAGCGUGAUCAAGAAACAAUGGAAGAUUGGGAUCAGGAGACUUUGGAGAAGGUUGUGCAAUCAAAAAGUGAGGAAUAUAACAAGAACAAACCAACUGAUAUAGUGUGUAAACACUUUUUGGACGCUGUGGAGAAGAAGCAAUAUGGUUGGUUUUGGGUCUGUCCAAAUGGUGGUAAAGAGUGCCACUAUAGGCAUGCUCUUCCUCCAGGGUAUGUUUUGAAAUCACAGAUGAAGGCUCUGCUAGAAGAAGAAGCAGACAAAGUAUCUGUUGAGGAAGAUAUUGAAAAUCAGCGUUCGAAAUUGACUAAAUCAACUCCCAUGACCCCUGAUCUAUUUAUGGAAUGGAAGCAAAAGAAAAGGGAAGAGAGAGAUGCUCAAUUGGCCUUGCAAAUGGCAGAGAGAGCCAAGAAUGAUCGCAUGAGUGGACGUGAGCUGUUCAUGUCAGACUCCAGUUGGUUUGUGGAUGACAUUGGAGCCUAUGAUAAAUAUGAAAGGGAGGAAGAAUCGAAUGAUACUGAACAAAAGGUUGACAAAGAUUCUUCUAAAGGCGAGCCAAGUACCUCGACCUCAGCCCCAGGAACCAGCGACUCCAAAGAUGUUUCUGAUGUUGAUGAUGACGACGACGACGACGAUUUGGAUGUUGACGAGUUGAAUGAACUGGAGGCGAGCCUUUCAAAAACAACAUUACAAAUCAAAGAAGCCGGUGACCAAGCAUGAGCCAAGAAUUUGAAUUGAUGAGCUCCUCUUGUUGCUUUUUGAAGUAAUUUUCUGAAUCCUGAACCUAAAUAUUAUCGAUUUUGGCACUUCAUAUUUUUUUUUUUUUUACCCCAUCUUUGCACUCCAAAACGAAAUAAAUGGAUUUCGAUGAGUAGUUUGCCCUUUUUCUCCAAGCCCACAGACAGUGUGAACUAGUGACCUAAUUAUUCCCUUCUUUGUUGUUUGAAA